CCAGGCCGCCUUUUUCCAUUUAGGCGUUCAGGUAUUAUAUAUAAGAACCCAGCUUCCCGUCAACUUUCUCUAAGUUUUUAUUCACUCCAUUCACUAUAAAAUAUGUCCACAUUUGACAUCGAAACCACCAUUUCCCAGCUUACCCUUGACGAGAAGGUCAAGUUGAUGGCGGGUGCCGACUUCUGGCACACCCAGGCGAUUGAGAGACUCAGUGUACCUCUGAUUCGCGUUUCUGACGGGCCAAACGGUGUGAGAGGCACCAAGUUUUUCAACGGGGUUCCUGCCGCCUGUUUCCCGUGUGGGACCGGGCUAGCCUCCACCUUUGACAAGGAGUUGAUGCACGAAGCGGGGAAGUUGAUGGCACUUGAAGCUAAACACAAGGGUGCACACGUUAUUUUGGGUCCAACCUGCAACAUGCAGCGUUCGCCAUUGGGGGGUAGAGGCUUUGAGUCCUUCUCUGAGGACCCGGUGCUCUCCGGACUUUCCUCCGCCAGUAUCAUCCUGGGAAUGCAGUCCGAAAACAUUGGCGCUACUAUCAAACACUACGUGUGUAACGAUAUCGAGGUUGAGAGAAACUCCAUCAACUCUGUGGUCACCCAAAGAGCCUUGAGAGAGAUCUACUUGAUGCCGUUUCAGCUCGCAAUGAGAGAUGCUGACCCGAAGGCAUUAAUGACUGCGUACAACAAGGUCAAUGGCGAACACGCGUCGCAAUCCAAGUUCUUGUUGCACGACAUUUUGCGCGACGAGUGGAAGUGGGAUGGAAUGGUCAUGAGUGACUGGUUCGGCUGCUACUCCUUGAAGGAAGCUGUGGAUGCGGGGUUAGACUUGGAGAUGCCAGGGAAGCCGAUGAUCAGAGUUCCAAAGUCCAUGGCACACGCUGUCCAAACCAAGGAGAUCCACAUGAAUACUAUCGACGACAGAGUCAGAUCGGUUUUGAAGCUUGUGCAGUGGUGCCAAAAGUCGGGUAUUCCGGAAAACGCCCCUGAAGAUGCGGAUAACAACACCCCUAAGACCACUGCUCAGUUGAGAACGCUCGCUGCGGACUCCAUUGUUUUGUUGAAGAAUGAAAACAGUAUCUUGCCAUUGAAGCCGUCUGAUUCCAUUGCGGUGAUCGGGCCAAACGCCAAGGUUAGUGCCAACUCUGGGGGUGGCUCGGCUUCCCUUUUGCCGUACCACACCAUUACUCCGUACGAAGGGAUCUGCAAGAGACACGGAAAGGACGUUCCUUACACCAUUGGGGCCACUGCCAACAAGAUGCUUCCGGCCUUGGGUCCACAGUUGACCCGUGAUGACGGCUCGGUUGGCUUUGUGGGUAACUUCUACCUCGAACCAAGAGGAACUGAAGGAAGGACCAAGAUUGAUUCGUUCAAUCUCUCCAGUUCUUUCAUAUUCUUGGUCGACUACAUGCAUGAAAAGUUCGAAAGCAAGUUGUAUGUGGACUUUGAAGGCAUCUUCACCCCUGAGGUUACUGGGGAGCACGUGUUUGGUGCUGCCGUGUUUGGUGACGCUCAGAUCUUUGUGGAUGACAAGCUAGUGGUUGACAAUAAAACCAAGCAUACAAGCGGUGAUUUUUUCUUUGCUCAGGGUACCAUUGAGGAGAAGGGUCGCAUCAGCUUGGAAAAAGGCAAGCCUUACAGGGUAAGAGUUGAAUUGGGUUCUCCAGUUACUUCCCAACACUACAAGGGUAUUGAUACUUCGAUCGCUGGUGCUGGAGGGAUCCAGUUUGGAGCUAUGGCCGUUUUGGAUGCUCGAACAGAGAUUACCAAGGCUGUUGAGUUGGCUAAGAGCGUCGAUAAGGUUGUGUUGGUCACUGGUCUCACCCAGGAAUGGGAGUCUGAGGGCUAUGAUAGAGCAAACAUGAAAUUGCCAGGUCUUACCGACGAGUUGGUUGCUGCCGUUGUCAAGGUUAAUCCAAACGUGGUAGUGGUGAAUCAGUCGGGAACUCCAGUGGAGUUUCCAUGGCUUGAUCAGGUUCCAGGCUUAGUGCAGGCUUGGUUCGGUGGUAACGAGUUAGGUAACGGUAUUGCUGAUGUUUUGUACGGCGAUGUCAACCCGUCAGGAAAGUUAUCUCUUUCAUGGCCAAAGAGAGUGGAGGACAACCCAGCCUACUUCAACUUCAAGUCCAACAAGGGUCAGGUUUUGUAUGGAGAGGACAUUUACGUUGGGUACAAGUAUUAUGAAAAGUUGAACAGACCUGCUUUAUUCCCCUUCGGUUUUGGUUUGAGUUACACCAAGUUCGAGUUCUCGAACUUGAAGGUCGGGCAGGAUGAAAAGAACUUUAAUGUUUCCGUCGAGGUAAAGAAUACUGGUGACAAGGCUGGCUCCACUGUUGCUCAGGUUUACGUCGGCGCUGUUGACUCAUCGGUCGAGAGACCUAUCAAGGAGUUGAGAGAGUUCUCCAAGGUUAAAUUACAGAGCGGCGAGACAAAGACUGUAAGAAUCACCUUGCCAAUCAAGUAUGCCACCGCUUUCUUCGACGAGUAUGAGGGCAAGUGGAACUGUGAGAAGGGUGAGUACUUGAUCUCUGUCGGUGACUCGUCUGAUAAUACUACUGUGAAGCAGAGUGUUACCUUGGAGAAGGGUUUCUUGUGGUCUGGUCUUUAGAAGCAUCUAUCUGUACUUCUGAAAUUUAUACAAUAUAUUCCAUUUUGGACAUUCUAU